UUCCGUCGUCUUUUCCCUCCGUCGAAAUUGGCCGUGGAGAGUUGUAUACUUGUAUCCCUCGAUAUUAGGGUUGGAAGAGGGAGCUUUUAGCCUCUGUUUCGAUGGAGGCCAUAAGAGAAGACAUGGAUUUGCUAGACAAGAUCCUCCCGCCGCGUCUGGAAGACGCCGGCCUCGAAGACUGCGCUCUCCCGCCCGAUUCGAUCCAAGAAGCCUUCCGCAGAGCCGCCGACGCCGUGAAGUCACGCGCCGCCCCUUUCUUUGAAGGCGACGAGGAAGACCGCUGCGUGGCCGAUCCGUGGCCGGGGACGAAGGAGACGGAGACGGAUGCUGUGGUCGGAUCCGGGCUGACGCCGAGCCCAGGAGCACCCGACUCUAUCGUCGUGGGCGGAGAAAAGUCAGGGACCACGGGCUUCUGUAUUGGUGGCGAGUUGGCAGAAGAGGGAGAAUGCGGAAAUGCGGUGGUGGUGGGGGACGGAGAAGGUGGGAGGAGCUGCGGUGAUGGGCUGAAGGGUUUGGGCGUGGAAGGGAUGAAUGAGAACGGAGGGAAGAAGGGUCAGAGGGAAGAGGAGGAAGGAGAGAAGCCGAUCUUGGUCGAAGGCUUUGUCUGAAAAGUCUGAAUUUUUGCUUCCACUCUCUCUUGACUGCAGUUUGAAGCCACAGUCUUUUCUUCCUUCCUUAUAUGGGUCGGUCUGUCUCUGUGGUUGGUGUCAUAGUGUUUCUAAAUAAAGCAUUACAAGAUUGGUUACUU